AUGGGUUGCCAUCACAAAGCCAAAGUGGAUUUCUCCGGUGUGGUGUGCCUGCCCCCUUCCGUCAUUGCUGGAAAUGGGCUGGACGGAGGAGGGGCUGGCGAAAAUGACGAUGAGCCAGUGCUGGUGUCACUUUCGGCGGCCCCCAGCCCUCAGAGCGAAGCUGUUGCCAAUGAGCUGCAGGAGCUCUCCUUGCAGCCCGAGCUGACCCUGAACAUCCAUCAUGGCCGGAAUCCCAACCUUCCUCCACUCAGUGAAAGGAAGAAUGUGCUGCAGUUGAAGCUCCAGCAGCGACGCACACGGGAGGAGCUGGUGAGCCAAGGGAUCAUGCCGCCUCUGAAAAGUCCAGCUGCAUUUCAUGAACAAAGGAGGAGUUUGGAACGGGCCAGGACAGAGGACUAUUUGAAACGGAAAAUCCGGUCCCGGCCAGAGAGAUCAGAGCUGGUUAGGAUGCACAUUCUGGAAGAGACCUCAGCUGAACCCUCCUUGCAGGCUAAGCAGCUGAAGCUGAAGAGAGCCAGGCUGGCUGAUGACCUCAAUGAGAAGAUAGCACAGAGGCCAGGUCCCAUGGAGCUUGUGGAGAAGAACAUCUUGCCUGUGGAGUCCAGCCUGAAGGAAGCCAUUAUAGUUGGACAAGUGAACUACCCGAAGGUUGCAGACAAUUCCUCUUUUGAUGAGGACAGCAGUGAUGCCCUCUCCCCAGAACAGCCAGCCAGCCAUGAGUCCCAGGGCUCUGUCCCAUCGCCAAUGGACUCCCGGAUUUGUGAGCCUCUCUCUAACACCACUGGCACAUCACUAGCUCAGGGUACGUCCCAAUUGCAGAUUAGUGCAGACUCCAACGAAACGCUUUUCCUACCUGAACAGCCACCCCCACCUCUGCCACCUCCUCCUCUCCUGCCCCCUAAUCUUACCAAUGGAGCGGCUCUUCCUGCUGCCAAGCCCACACCAACUCUCAUUAAGCAAAGCCAACCCAAGUCUGCUAGUGAGAAAUCUCAGCGCAGUAAAAAAGCCAAGGAAUUGAAGCCGAAAGUCAAGAAGCUUAAAUAUCAUCAGUAUAUCCCCCCGGACCAAAAGCAGGACAAAGGAGCUCCUCCCAUGGAUUCAUCCUAUGCCAAAAUACUGCAGCAGCAGCAGCUCUUUCUCCAGCUUCAGAUCCUCAACCAGCAGCAGCAGCAGCACUACAACUAUCAGACCAUCCUGCCAGCGCCACCAAAGCCUCCAGGUGAGCAGCAGAGUGGUACCAGCGCCCCUGCAGUACGCAAUCUCUCUGCCACAGUCAGCACCACAUCUUCAGUAUCGUCCGGUUCCAGUGGGCUGAUGCGACAAAACAGUAAUGCUGCAGUGGGCAAGCCGGGCCCUCUCCCUGCCAACCUAGAUGAGAUGAAGGUGGCAGAGCUGAAGCAAGAGUUGAAGCUGAGGGCCUUGCCUGUCUCGGGCACAAAGACGGACCUGAUUGAGCGUCUCCGAGCUUACCAAGAGCAGAACAGUGCAGCUGGCCAAACAGCCCCUAACCCGAAACCCAGCACAGCAGCCAUUCUCCCCAAAGCUGCCGAAGUGGUGGUGGCCUUUCCAGCUGCUAGGCUGAGCACAGGGCCAGCCCUGGUCACCACUGGCAUUGCGCCAGCAGAAGUAGUUGUGGCCACGGUCACCAGUGGCGGCGUGAUGAAGUUUGGCAGCACAGGCUCAACUCCCCCUGUUUCUCCUACUCCUUCUGAGCGCUCACAGAUUAGCACAGGGGAUGAGAACUCGGCCACCGGAGACACCUUUGGGGAGAUGGUGACUUCUCCCCUGACCCAGCUGACCCUGCAAGCAUCUCCAGUGCAGUUCCUGGUGAAGGAAGAAAGCUCCAAGGCUGCCUCCUGCAGUGUAAGCGCGGCACCCAGGUCAGAGCGGUGCAGCACUGGUAACAGCAGAGACACAGAAGUUCGGGACAAAGACCAGAUGCUGCAGGAGAAGGACAAGCAGAUCGAGGAACUCACCCGUAUGCUGAAGCAGAAGCAGCAGCUGGUUGAGAUGCUUAGGUUACAGCUAGAGCAGGAGAAGCGCUCUCAGCAGUCACUAGCGGCCCCAGCUGCUGCAGUAGAAGGAGCAGCCCUUCCCUCCAACCCAGUAGCAUUCGGCAUCCAGGUCAAGAGUGAAAACGGUUUCCUAAGUUGCCAGUCUGCAAAGCAAUCCAGUGGCCAAACAGACCAAUUCAGCCCUGCACCAACCGCUAGCCAAAUGGACACUUCGGAUCCAAGCACAGUGCCAAAGAAAGCCGUGAUGGUGAAGCAAGAGGUGCCAGCCACGGAAGCAGAGCCGCCAUGCCAGUCCCACAGCCCGCGGCUUUUCCUUGGCCAGCCAGGGAGCGCCCUGAGCGACCUCAUCAAGGGUACCCCUCCCCCCACCCUCAUCACCAAUUCCACAGGGACCCACAUCGUCCUCACCGUGACCAAGCAGAGCGCCGAGAGGCAGGGCCUCUCGCCCCACGGGAAGGCGGGGAGUAGCUGCCCAGCCUUGCAGAGAGUACAAUCAUCGCCCACUAAAACUUCCAGCCAACCGCAGUGUCAGCUACCUGCAAGCACCCCUCAGCAGCCCACACAGCAGCAGCAGCAGCCCACAAAGCAGCAGCCCAGAGGACUAAACCAAUCUGUCAGAAAGGGUCAGAAGCCAGGCCUGCAGGUGGUCACGGGGCAGCUGCCCCACACCAUAUUGUCUUUCUCAGCACCUCCAAGCCUGCAGCCCUUCUUCCUCAACGGUUUCCACAAAGGGUCCCUGAAAACUGGUGCUCCUGGCAAAACCGGCCAACCCAGUGUGCCAAAAAAGCCCUCGUCACAGCCCAGCUCUCCUGCUGCCCGUUCCCCAUCCCAGAUGGACCUGGAGCAACAACAGCACCCGUCGCUUUUUGGAACUCCUCCACCUCCUCUCCCUGUUCCCUCGGUCCCAAUGAAAGAGCCUCCAGGCUAUGAAGAGGCGAUGAAGCAACAGCCAAAAGCCCAGGAGGAGAAUGGCUGUUCCAGCCAGCAGAUGGACGACCUGUUUGACAUUCUCAUCGAAAGUGGGGAGAUUUCUGCUGACUUCAAGGAUCAGUCAUCGCCAGCUGGGAAAGAACCAUCUGUGGCCCCAGCCUCCUCCUCGCCGCCCAGCAGCCACCAUUCCUCAGAGCUGGCGGUGCCAGUGUCACUGGGGCAGCCAGUGCCCGUGGGCCGGCUGGAGGACUUCCUGGAGAGCAGCACUGGCCUCCCCCUGCUGACAGCAGGCCACGAUGGGCCAGAGCCUUUGUCCCUGAUUGAUGACCUCCACAGUGAGAUGCUGAGCAGCUCGGCCAUCCUGGACCACCCGCCUUCACCAAUGGACACCUCGGAAUUGCACUUUGCUCACGAGCCGGCCGGGGGCAUAGCCCUGGAUCUGGCUGAGGCUAACUUGGACAGCAUGGACUGGCUGGAGCUGCCGGGGGGGCCUGUCAUGAGCCUGGCUCCCCUUAGCACUGCUGCUCCCAGCCUCUUUUCCACAGACUUCCUUGAUGGACAUGAUCUGCAGCUGCACUGGGAUUCUUGCUUGUAACUCUGUGAGCAGAGACUGAAGGGAAUGGGUGUGGGAGGGCACGGGCGCGUGGUGGGGGGAAGAGGCCAGUCAGCCAAAAAAAAAGAAAAGCAGCUCCUAGUAUUUGUACUCCUCCCCCAACAGUGACCUUCCUGCGUGAAGCCGGCAGCCCGGCAGCAAAGGCAGACCUGCUGCUUGAGUCACUGCUGCCAGGGCAGUGGGCAGGCUGGGCAGGGAGAAGGGCUGCUGGAGGGGGAGAGCUCUGGGGCUGGCGGCCUCCUGCCCCUCUCCCUGCAGCCUGCUGGGAGCUGGGGUGAGAAGGGAGCCAGCGCCCGGGGUGGCAUGCCGUAGGGUGGGAGCUCUGUCAUGCCUCGCAGCAUGACGUGGUGUGACUGGGCCUGUGUCCCCCGUCCCUGGGAAGCAGCGCCUCGCUCCGUGCCGGGAUUGGCAAAUAAAGGGGGUUUAUGCUGUCCCAGGACAGUUGAUUUAACGGUUGUGGAAGGGGAUUCUACCUCUGGAGCGGUGCGUAAAGGAGGGGGCUUGCGGGGCUGGGAGUGCUGAAGGGCUGCCUGCUGCCCCGCGUGCCGUCUAUAAGGGGCAGGGGGCAGGUCUGCCACAGGGCUGAGCGAGGAGUUAGGUGGAACAGGCACCUUGUCCCAACGUAGCCAAAGGGAACCAGGGUUCCCCACCAACCAUGCUAACGUCUAAGCUGGUUUCCCACAUAUUGCUGAGCUUGGCAGAGGCCUGCCUACUUGCGACACUUGCUUUGGGCUGCAAAAGGUGCUAAAAAUCCAGGUCCUUAUAUGUUAAAUCUGUCUUUCGCUGCCUCAGACCUCUGGCUGUACCUGGAGCCCAAGCUUCGGGCACCCUCACCUUUGGCUUCCAGCUCAUUCCCAGUCAGCUUGCUUGUGACAGCCCUGGGGUGCCCCACCCCCC